GGUUCGUGUGGUGUGUUCACUGUGUUGUCUCAGUUGUCAUCAAGACGGGAGUUGAACUUAAUUAAGGGAUUACAAGCAAUAACCUAAGUUAAAAGACACUGGCAUUCAUGUAUUAUACCGGCACAUCGACUUGAAUGUGUUUGCACUUGUAGGGACGCAAACGAAGGUAUAGUAGCCAAAGGAUCCAUUUUAAGUGCACGAUAUAUACUGUAUACGAAUGUCUAAUUUAUUAAAAACGGGCGAAUAUGGAUUUUCUUAGAAAUAAAUAUUUUCAGAUAACUUUUGGAUUUUGGACUUGGUUCCCUAGAUCAGCUACACACGGCUUCACAUUUCCCGCCGUAAAACGAUAGGAAGUCAGAGUUCAAAAUUUAUUUAUCUCAAAAUUUGAAAUAACUUAUUCCGCUGUAAACGCUCAUCGUGAGUUCGUGACUGUUUGUUGGUCCGCGAGUGAAGAACCAAACAAUGACUCUCUUUACCAGCGUAACAGUUAUUCAAUUGUUUUUUCUUCUUUUGGCUCGGUUCACUUGUUUAACAACGGGAGCAUAUUUGGAAGACAAAGUUUUGCAACUUGAAAAAAAUUAUAUAAAAAUCAAAGAAGAUUUGGAAGCCAAAGUGGUUAAUUUGGAAACAAAAGUGGCUCGUCUAGAAGCCCAAGUUAACCACCAAGAAUCGAUUUUCACUGCUUUGAUAAAGAGCGAACGGGACAAAAAGUUCGCAUCACAGAAGGGCAUUUCGAGAAAUGUUGAAACGAAUGAACAUUACAAAAGAAAUGCUGCCCCUAGGACAUGCGGAGAGGUAUUUGCAACAAAUCCUUUGCUGGAUUCCGGCAUGUAUUGGAUAGACCCCGACGGCCAAGGAGUAGGAGACAAUGCCAUCAAUGUCUAUUGUAACAUGACAACCGGCUCGACUUCAGUUUUGCAUGACAGUGAACUUAAAAUAGACGUGGGGAAAUGCUCUGAUCCUGGGUGCUAUUCCAGGAAAAUCAAUUAUUACGCAACUGAAAAGCAAAUUGCAGCCUUGGUGGGAUUGUCAAAUAAUUGCAGUCAAACUAUUAUAUACGAUUGCAGCAACGCUCCCUUAAUAAAUAAAGAUGUCUCAUAUUCCUGGUGGAAUGAUAAAAAUGGAAAUAAGAAAACAUUUUCAUCUACCGGAAUGGCUAACUGUGACGGUAGUCUACGUAUUCAAGCCAUUGGAGUAAUUGAAAGUAAACAGGAUCUCCCAAUGACGCGCUUAAACUUUGGUGGAACCUCCCAAGGAUCGGGUCAGCACACGCUGGGAAGAUUGGAAUGUACCGGAAAAGUGAAAGUUGAAGGAAUGCCGACGUCGUGUGAUGACCUAUGGCGAAUUGGCAACACCAUGAACGGAAUUUAUUCCAUAGUGGCAAAUAAAAAAGUUCAAACUGUCUUCUGCGAUUUUAAUAAACGGCUUGGCAGCGAAAAAGGUUUUCAGACAUGGAUCGGAUUUUCCAACGUUAAAUCAGCGCAAGUCCAUUUCUACGCGAAAAUGAGUGCUGCGUUCACCAAAGAGAAAACUCCUCUUCCGUUCAAAGAAGCGCGGAUAAACGUGGGAAAGGGCAUGGACUUAUUGACAGGGAAAUUUACAGCACCUCGAACGGGAUUUUACUUUUUCUCAUUCACAGGACUGGCAGAGUUUCCACUUGCAUCGACUUCUAAAACUUUAGGAGUUCGCCUACUGUUGGACGGGACUUCUGUCGGAAAUGCUUGGGUCAGUGAGCAGCACACCUUCAAAGACCAAUCAAGUCCGUUGACCCUCCAAUCGAUCCUCUACUUGAAAUCAGGCCAAAAAGUCUGGUUGGAGAUUGAUACAAUUUCAACAGGGGUGAAAUUGUUUGAUAGAUUCUACACUCAUUUCACGGGUUUCCUGUUGGAAGAGGAGGAUAUGAGCCUUUGAAUGGGUGCUGAAUUGUCAUCCAUGCACAAAACGACGUAAUAAUUCACCCAUGAUUUUUUGUUAGAUUUAGACUUAAGGGAAAUGUAUUAAGAGAGUUAAUUCGAUCCUAAUGCUUAGAGGAUGAUAAUUUUUAAUAAAACACUUUUUGUAUGCAAAGAAAAAUUUGUUUCUAUUUAUAAAGUGUAGAUGUGAUUUGGAAGUGUUUGUUGAGCUUGUCAUGUAUUGUUGCAUUGAACAAGUCAGUAGACUGGCUAUUCCAAAUCUAUUAAAGAGCUCGAUACGUA